AAGACCAAAAUCUGAAAAAACCUAAUAACCACCGGUGCACCACCACUCAGACGGCGGACGCAGAGAUGACACAAAAGGGGAGUUUAUUCAAAGGCCAUCAGAAGAAGAAAACAAUCCCUCCCAACCGCCAUGGAAAGGUCCCUUUAACUCGCAAAGGGAAGAGAUUCGUGAAGCCUUCGAAGUCGUCAAAGGAUUUGAACGUUGAUCGAGAGCUGACCAAGUUCAUAAACCAAUGUAACGAGGCAAAAGCAGCCACCCUUGCUAACAAGGAAGGUGGCCAACUGAGUAUUGUCAAACCAUCUGUAGAGUCUGCCAGUGGAGCAAAGAAAGAGUCAUUAUGCCACAAUCAAGUGAGAGUUCAUCCAGAUAUUUGGUUUAUCUUGUAUAAUAUGUAAGUUGAAAACUUCUGUGCCGUAAUUUGCAGUUGUUACAAUACUUUUAUAUUCAUUUUCACUCCUUUUUUCAUUUGCUUCUCCAAAUUUAUACGUGGGUUUCAUAGUUUUGUAUGCAUUAUAACUAUUUAGACCUGCCAAUGCCUGGGCCGAUAAACCGGAUAAAAAAUCCGAUUGGAUUCUCAA